CUAUGUCAGAUUCCUCAACUCUUUAAGUCUCGAUCUCAACUCUCAACCAAGGGAACUCAGAAACCAGGUGCCAAUUGCAUAUUUACAGGCUUACAGCUAGUAUAAAUAUAUCUGGUUUGAUGCAAUUAGCCUUGUGCUCACCACACGCCUCAUCUUCUUUCCCCUUCCACUGACUACAGAGACAGAUCAAGGUAGAAGGAUGAAGGAGGGUACGUUGUUUUUUGUUGUAUGCUUAAUUUUUGUGAUAUCUUUCAAGGCUCACGCACAGAUAUCACAAGUGGUUCCGAGCCGAGUAGCUGCGGAUCUAGAGUUGUUUGCCGAUGAACUCCCCCGAAUGCCCAAGCUCCUCGGUUAUUCCAUGGGAUAUGGCGAAUUUAAGCCCCGCCAUCUCACCAUCGGAAUGUAUGACAAACAAUGGAAAUUCCACCGCGAUUUACUUGCAUCGACGGUGUUCGCGUACGGGACAUGCCGAGAGACAGCAACAGUGCCGGGUCCCACAAUUGAGGCACUCCAAGGAAUACCAACAUACGUGACGUGGACAAAUCACCUCCCUCAAAGCCACAUACUCCCAUGGGAUCGAACCAUUCCUGUAGCCAAUUUCUCCAGUGGGGUUCCUGCUGUGGUCCAUCUACACGGUGGGGUCCAGGAUCCACUAAGCGACGGCCAUGCCUUUGCCUGGUUCACCAACGAUUUCAACCUCACCGGAAAGACCUGGACAAAACCAACCUACACCUACCCCAACGUCCAGCACGCAGGAAACCUCUGGUACCACGAUCAUGCCGUCGGUUUGACACGUCUCAACCUCCUAGCGGGCCUGAUCGGUGGUUACGUCAUCCGCAACCCUACGCUAGAAGCAACUCUGAACCUCCCAUCUGGACGGGAGUUUGACCGCCUCUUGUUCCUCUUUGAUAAGAGCUUCUAUUCAAACGGAUCCAUUUAUAUGGAUCCGGUUGGUAAUAACCCGGAUAUUCACCCACAGUGGAACCCGGAAUAUUUCGGGGACGCCAUUAUCGUCAACGGCAAGGCCUGGCCUUAUCUCAACGUCCAGAGGCGGAAAUACCGUUUCAGGAUCGUCAACGCUGCAAACGCACGUUAUUUCAGGCUCUCAUUGACCAACAAUCUUACCUUUGUCCAUGUCGGAUCCGAUUCAUCCUACCUCUCCGCACCCGUUGAAACCAGCACCGUAUUUCUAUCCGUAUCCGAGAUUGCUGAUGUGAUCAUCGAUUUCACACAUUGUAUUGGCACCGAAUCGGUUAUGACUAACGACGCACCAUACCCGUACCCGACCGGUACACUCAUAUCCGGGGGUCUUGGAUUCGUAAUGAAGUUCAACGUUUCAGCGGGAAGUCCAGUCCGACCCGAUACAUCGACGAUCCCCACAACCUUAGUGAAUUAUGUGCCGGCAACACUACCUGUGAAUGUAACAACAAGAACAAUCGCACUGUACGAGUACUACAAGAACAAUAGUGAUACAACGAAACCCACCCAUCUCUACAUAAACGGGUUAAGCCCGGAUGAUCCGGUAACAGAGACCCCCAAAACGGGUAGCACCGAGCUGUGGCAGGUGAUCAACUUGACUCCUGAUAAUCACCCACUGCAUCUGCACUUGGCUUCAAUCCAGAUGAUCAAUUCGACGGCGUUGGCGAACUCCUCGGCGUUCACGGAGUGUAUGAAGGCUUUGGGUGAUCCAAACAAGUGCGAUCUGAAAGGCAAUUUAACAGAUACAGUUAUCUUCACACCCCCUGAAGAGCAGACAUGGAAAUCCGCACUGAAGCUGGAGCCUGGAUACGUGACUUAUGUGAUCGCCAAAUUUAAUCUGGUUGAGACUGGUGCCCCAUAUCCGUUUGAUGCUACUGCUGAACCCGGAUAUUAUUACCAUUGUCAUAUUCUGGACCAUGAAGACAAUGCUAUGAUCCGACCAUKGAAGCUGGUUCCAUGAAGAAAAUACAGGUGCAAAAUUAAAAUGAAUAACUGGACAUUGCUCCAGUAUGUGUUGAGCUAGAGUUGAUUUCAUGUGCAUUUCUAUUUCUGUUUUGUGUAUCAUUUCAAAAUCUGGUUUUGAAAUCUCGGGCUGAAAUAAGACAUGUUGAUGUAUAAAUUGUUCUGGGUGUAAACCAUUUAUAGCCUUGUUUGGAAAUAAAAUAUGGUCUCUAACCAGAUGUUCUGGUGGUUUGAACUUUCAAAAG